UAAGAAUUUGGAUAAUCCAUUCACUAAUGUAUUUUCUUCUUCCCUCUAACUUCCAAAAUCAAGCUUUCAUUAUACGUGCAUGGCUGCAAAUACCUCUAUGGUGCAGCUUAAGAUCCAGCCUUUUGAAUCAAAUAUCGUUUUUCUCAAUGAUCAGGCGAUCGAUUUUCAUUCUUGAAAUCGCUAAUACCUGCCAAUUGCAACAUCUUCGCCAUAAUUUUAUCAAGAAAUGGAAUAGAGAAGGUGAAGAAUAAGAUUUUUAAUCCAGUACAUCAACUAUCCAGUAAGAAAGGAGCCGUAAAGUCCAAUUAAUCCAGGAAGCUCAUGCCAAGCAUACCAUAGAACCAUCAAGUUGAAAAUUUGACAAGUAGAUAUGGCUGAGGUGAAAGCGGGUAGUGGCACCACCAUGGGAGGUGGAGGCCUCCAAUUUGUGUUACACGUGGUUCGAGGUCGAUGGUUCUCACUUUUCGCCUCUUUCCUCAUCAUGUCCGGAGCGGGGGCUACAUACCUUUUCGGUACAUACUCCCAAGAAAUAAAACUCUCUCUAGGAUAUGAUCAGACCACACUUGUUCUCUUAGGUUUCUUCAAGGAUUUUGGAGCUAACGUCGGAGUUCUCUCUGGCCUAAUAGCCGAGGUAAGCCCAACAUGGUUCGUGCUCCUAGUUGGUGCAGCUAUGAACUUCACAGGUUACUUUAUGAUAUGGCUUUCGGUUAUUGGCAAGAUUUCCAAGCCAAAAGUUUGGCAAAUGUGUAUAUACAUAUGCAUUGGAGCAAAUUCUCAGAAUUUUGCAAAUACAGGAGCCCUUGUUACCUCUGUGAGGAACUUCCCCGAGAGUAGAGGUAACAUGAUAGGUCUUUUGAAAGGAUUUACAGGUCUAAGUGGAGCUAUAAUGACACAAUUAUAUUUGGCUGUUUAUGGAAAUGAUGCUCAAUCACUUAUCCUCCUUAUUGCCUGGCUGCCAGCUGCGUUAUCGGUAGUUUUUGUCUAUACUAUUCGAGAAAUGAAAGUCGUUAGGCAACCAAAUCAGCAAACUGUUUUCUACUAUUGCUUGUUAAUAUCGAUCGUUCUAGCAUUGUUUCUUAUGGUUAUGACACUGAUCGAGAAAGCAAUACCAUUUUCUCAUGCUGCCUAUGUUGUAACCGCCACUGUCUCCUGUGCUUUACUUUUCUCCCCUCUUUUAGUUUUCAUUAGAGAGGAGCUGGCUAUCUGGCGUCAAAUGAAACAACCGUCAGUUAGUGGAUCUGCAAACACAAUCACCGAAAAUCAUCCACCAGUAAUGGUGGAGAAGGAGAAGGACAUGAACCAAAUCCCACAGCUUCCAAAAGAAAUCAACAACUCUAAGACAACCUCUUGUUUUUCAAACAUCUUCCUUGAAAAACCAGCAAGAGGAGAAGAUUAUACCAUCUUACAAGCACUCCUAAGUACUGAUAUGUUGAUUCUGUUCCUUGCUACAUUAUGUGGACUCGGAUCAAGUCUAACCGCAGUUGAUAACAUGGGUCAGAUAGGUGGAUCUUUAGGAUAUCCGGAGACUACCGUUAAAUCUUUUGUGUCGCUUCUCAGCAUAUGGAAUUUUUUCGGGAGAAUUUUCUCGGGAUUUGUGUCUGAAAGCUUGCUAGUGAGGUACAAAUUUCCUAGAACCCUUAUGAUGACAUUAGUCCUUUUGGUCUCAUGCAUCGGCCUCCUUAUGAUCGCCUUCCCUUUCCCCGGUUCAGUGUACGUGGCAUCUAUAAUCAUCGGCUUCUCAUUUGGUGCUCAAUUGCCAUUACUUUUCACAAUCAUUUCUGAGCUCUUUGGAUUGAAGUACUAUUCGACAUUGUUCAAUUGUGGGCAAUUGGCUAGUCCUCUUGGCUCAUACAUCUUGAAUGUGAAAUUUACUGGACCACUUUAUGAUAGGGAGGCAUUGAGGGAUCUCCAGAAAAAAGGUUUGACUAGAGCAUCUGUUAAGGAACUGACUUGUAUGGGUAACCAAUGUUAUCGGCUCGCGUUCAUUAUCCUGGCCAGUGUUACAUUUUUUGGAGCUAUGGCCUCUUUGGUUUUGGUUGCGAGAACUCGACAGUUUUACAAAGGAGAUAUAUACAAGAAGUUCAGAGAGCUAUCAGAGGCACCUGAUACAGAAUUGGCUUCUUCAAACAGUAUUAAUAAGACACGCAAACAGGCCAAAAAAUGAUGAAGGAAGUAGGGACUAGGGACUCAAAGCCUGCAAAUUACUAGGUCAUUUCCGUGGCAUGUUCGAGCCUAUUUCUAUUUUAGUUUUAUUUUGUGUUUUUGUCGGCCUUUAAGGAUCAAGAGACUCCUCUUUAAAUAAAAAUUUCUAAGAAAAAACAAAAACAAAUAACCUUCUUACGCCUCCCCUUUUUUUUUUAAAUGAAUUAGAAUUAAAGAGCAGAGUCUUACUUUUUGGGGGGAUGAAAGACAAGAAAAGGGAACAGAGUGCUUUAUGAUAAUAGAAAGAGAAGGGACAUGAUUGUGCUAGGGUUUGUCCUUAAUUUCUACCUUAUUUGAAUUUUAUAAUUGUGUUUUACUUCAAAAGAUUUUCUUUUUUUUAAAAGGAUUCUAGUAUAUCUUUUUCUUCGAGGAGUUUUGGACUUCUAUAAAUAGGAGAUCCUUUAUUCUCAUAAACAACACAAUAACAUCCAUAAUGUAGUCGUUUAGAGAGUUCUGUUUAGGGGGAGAUUUUCUCUCAAUAGUUUUAUGUUCUCUUUUAUAUAUAGGUCAAUUGACCAAAUAAUA